AUGGCCCAGAAACGCAAUAUUGAAGCUACUAAUACAGCCCCGUCUCCAAAGCGAACAACUAGGGCUACUUCUAGAGCAGACAAGGAUACUUCUAGAGGCAGUGGAGUGAAUGAUGAAACGACAGAAGAUGAUGUAGGAAGAAAGCACGCAGAGCAGGAUAUAAGGAAAAAAGGAUCAGCGAAAAGACUGAGCAAGAUCAAUGAAAAUCUCAAGGGUAAUCAGAAACAGCGAAUUGCAAGUGUUGGGUUUGAGGGACUCCUUGAAAUAAAGUGCAACAUUGUUCCUGAGAAGUUGUCAACUUGGCUAGUUAACAAUUUCGACAUCAACAAGUCCGAGUUGGUGAUCCCAUACAAGGGGACAAUAAAGGUGGACGAUAAAGCUGUUAAACGAGUGCUCGGGUUACCAAUGGGCCCGAACUCUGUCAUUUAUGAAAAGAAGAGUUAUUCGGAUACAUUCACUGAGUUCUAUCAAGUUUUUGGCCAUGAGAAUGAUCAUAAGAUAUUGUAUCUAGAUUCACUCGAUGUUGGUGAUAUCGUUAACAACGACUUGGAAGUAAGAGCCGCUGUGUGGACAGGACAACUCGUCUCCAAAGUCUGCCUCAUGGAUAAGCUCUCCGAGACUCAGUUCGGCAAACUACAAAAUCGGGAGGUCCUCAAAAGUGCAUUGAAAGCACAUGCAGAAGGAGGUCAAGCAGGCCCCAGUACCUCUAAAGGUACCCGGGAGGUUAGGAGUAAAAGGAAGAACGACAUUCUGGAAGAAUCACUCGGUGAGAUUAGGAGUGAUGAAGAAGACUCCAGCAGCGAUGAAGAUUAUGCCAACUUUGACUCUUGCGACACAGAGGGGGACGAAGAUGAUGAGAACAACGAUGGAUUUGGAGAUGAUAUCAAUUCAUCACAAAUUGACCCAAGAGCUACUGAGAACGAAGUGCAAAGCAAGAAGAAGGUUAGAUUUGAAGAUGUAGAUAACGCAAACAAGCAAGAUGAUGACAUAGAGUACAAGUCGAUGAAAGGCAAUCAAGGUAAAUAUGUUGACAUGAUAUGUUGGAUCAAAACUUGUAUAUUGGUAGCAAGAUCAAUGGAAAUCUCAAGGGUUCUUUAUUAUUUUAUCUUCGCAGGAUCUGCCUCUGGAGCCUCAUGUAAAGAUGAGGCUGCUAAUAAACAAAGGAAUAAAGACAACCACAAUGAUGGCGGUUCAAAUGAUAGGGCCAACGACCGAAAGAAGACCAACAAAGCCAAACCAGCCAGCAAACAAUCAGUAUCUGCUGAACCAUCAUCACACAAAGAUCAGUCUGGUGAUAAAUCUAAAGGUGCGUCAUCCAAAGAUGAUGAUAAAGGUGCAAAGGACGACGAUAAAGCAGCAAAGGAUGACGACAAAGCAUCAAAGGAUGAUGUUAGCAUCAGAGAUGAUGGAAAGCAAGAUUUUGAUGAAGCACCAUGACCUAAAGAUGAGGCUGGUGACAAUUAUCAAGGCACACCACGCAGUACGCAAUCGGGCACACAAUCCAGCUCUGAGUUUAGCGGAUUGUCACCGAUUACACCAGCAAAUCGGUACAGGCUUCCGGGAGGUAUGACACUACUGGACUUAAUGGCUACACCGCCCGAUAGGAAGCCUUUGAUCUUUGAACCACCUGAGUUCCUCGAUGUGCCGCUCGUGCCCAAUGAGAAGGAAGUCUUCAAUGAUAUUGUCGAAAAGGAAUUUAAAGGGGCGAAGGACACGGUCACAAUGUCCGAUGAGAUGGAUUCUGAACCGAAAGAGCAAGCAAAAUAGUUUGAGGCCAAGCUUCUGGAAGAUUUGUUGCAACCCCUGCCUGUGGACAAUCUUCUGGAAGAAGUGCCCAAAUCCAAGAGAACAAAGAGAAAGGCGGAGCGGUCAGAUGUAGUGUCAAGGAAAAAGCUUGCUAGCACAUGAGGGAGAGGCUUGCCACCGGUGGUGCCCAAAUCCAAUACUGCAAA